UCCCAGACACCGCCACGUGUCCACAGGGGGGCUCUCUCCGCGAAGAGUAACCGUGGACCUGAACGCGCCACAAUACCCGCCCGCCACAUUCAUCCUUCUUCAAUUUCAGCUUCUUUCCAUAUAUGAAUGUUUCCUUCUUUGAGCUUUAAUCCGUCUCUGCAGAUUUACGCGCUGUUCGAAGUUGAUAUUCCCACAUAUAUAUACAUUUAGAGAACGGAAAAAGACAAUGCCAAUCGGAAAUCUAUCCGUCUCUAGGGUUUUGAUUUGUUUGGGAGGUAGGAAAUCGGAGCGAGAAUCUGUUUCUCAUGGCGCAACAUGCUGGAGGCGCUUUCUCUUCGUCGGUUACGUGCUCUGUGUGCCUGGAGGAGGUGACCGUUGAGAGUCGCCGAUCGACGGCCACUCUUCGGUGCGGCCACUGGUUCCAUCUCGAUUGCAUUGGUUCUGUAUUUAAUGUGAGGGGUUCCAUGCAAUGCCCCAAUUGCCGAGAUGUUGAGAAUGGCGAAUGGCGUUUUGCUGAUGGUGGUUCCGCAGAAUCUGCAUGGAGUGAUGAUGAUCUUCGUCAUUUUAUUAGAAUGCAACUGUCUGGUCCUCAUUGGUGCCCUCAUUUGGUACUGCUCCAAGUUCUUGGGUCAUUUGUGGAAAGGGGAUUUUCAUUGCUUGACUAUUAUGAAGACCCUGCCAUCUCAUACGGUGGUCCAAAUGAUCAUUACUGGGCUGGGCGGUCUGUGCCCAGUGGGCAUCCCACUUCUCAUAUUUUACAUCUCAUUGAGCAUCACCAUUACAGCAUUGAACACCACUUUCAGGCCAUAAGUAACCACCUUAGAGAUCCCAGUCAUGCUUCAGUUCCAACUGCAACGCAUGGAUUUGGUACAGAUGGUUCUGAUCAUAUUCCAAGCAUGGAAUCAUUUGCUCAUCCAGUUAUCCUUGACCAGGGGUAUGGUGCUGGACCCAGAAGCACUCCUAUAUCUUCAAUCAAUUCACCUUUUCCGGGCAGCAAUAUUCCUGUUCAUGACAGGAUACCAGCUAUGUGGCAACAGCCAUCGAGCAAUUCACCAUCACCGGUAGUGCGUGCUUCAAUGCUGUCCCGCACCAGAGGAUCCAAUGGUCCAAGGGUAUUUCCCGAUCAGGUUGAGAGCUUCUAUUCUUUUCCUUCUUCAAGCUUGUCUGAGCAGAAUGUCCAACAAGCAGCAGCACUUCCAGUAAAUGCGCCCCACCGCACUUGGGAUAGCAGUGAAAUUCAGCGCCAUCUGUGGCAGAGCAACGAAAUUGCAGCUUCUGAACUCUCCAUGGGCAGCAGAGCUAGACAGUCAGGUUGGCCAUCUUUCCCAUGAGCUGUGGUAGGGUUGGAUCUUGGCAGCAUAGUGUACAGAGAUACCCAUGGAUUUGCCGUACUUCGUGCUUGGUAGCUGCUUGUAAUUUGGGUCGUGGACUUGCAUGGAUUUGAACAAAAUGCAAUUCAAAAUCUGCUAUUGAAUUUUGUCCAAAUCCUUGCACACCCAACCAAAUCCAGGACCCCAAACACAACCUAUCUAUAGUGAUCAAUAUUAAUGCAGGCAGCAUAUCCUCUUCCUUUUGAAGCAUAUGAUCCGAAUGAUUCCGAAGGCCAAAACAGUAGGCCGGACGUUCUUGAUAAUGUCCGGGCUGGAGGCCUGUUUUUGUCUGCACUGUCUCGGAAACUAAUUUUGUUUACUAUUCUUGAGUUUCAUUGAGUUUAUCAGUUUGCCUCCAAAUGAUGUGUUCUCAUGAUUGCCAAAAUAUAUGCUGCUUAACAGCAAAUUCCCAAAUAAUAGUUUGAAAGUUUACAUCAAUUGAUGAAUGCAAUUUCUCCUUUCCAAA